AUGCUUUUUCUUUUAUUAAAUUUUCAGAAUGUUCUCGACUAUCUUCCUCUUCUGCGCCGGAUAAGCCUGGCUAGGAAUAAAUUACGGUUCAUACCCUCUUUAGCAGCACAGAACUCGCGUCUCAUUUCUCUUGACCUUCGGCACAACGAAAUCGAAAACGUCGACGUUCAGGUCAAAGCUGCUGACGUACCUUGUUCUGAACCUACAAUUUUGGAAAAGGAAUUCAACAGCAUUCUCGAUUGCACGGCCACCGGAGGUGGUGAAAAUGUUCUCGACUAUCUUCCUCUUCUGCGCCGGAUAAGCCUGGCUAGGAAUAAAUUACGGUUCAUACCCUCUUUAGCAGCACAGAACUCGCGUCUCAUUUCUCUUGACCUUCGGCACAACGAAAUCGAAAACGUCGACGUUCAGGUCAAAGCUGCUGACGUACCUUGUUCUGAACCUACAAUUCUGGAAAAGGAAUUCAACAGCAUUCUCGAUUGCACGGCCACCGGAGGUGGUGAAGUACACUGGUUAUAUAACAAUAUCGAUCUCGACUUCUCAUCAGCUGAUUCGUACCAAGUGGCAGGAAACGGCUCAUUACUCGUUCCUAAAGGAUCCCCUACCCAUGGAUAUUCGUGCACUGCUGAUUAUGGAGUGAUUCCAAGGAGGACACUUCGACAAAUUCCAUCGGCAGGACAAAAGCCAAGGUUCACAUUUACGCCAAAAGAUAGUUCAUACAGGGAAGGCACUGCUGUGAAACUGCACUGUGAAGUUAUCGGUGAGCCUCGGCCCACCAUUACAUGGUAUCAUCGACGACAGGCGCAAUUCAUCAAAACUCAAAGAGCCACGAGCUGUCCAACGCGAAUCCGUUUCUUCAGUAGAUCUACCCCUACUUGGAGAAUGAUGUCGGAAGGCUCUAUCAAUGUAGGAAGCUAUACUUGCAUGGCAUCUAAUAUCCACGGCAGAAUCGAACACUCUGCGCGGAUUCACUUAGUGAGCAGUAUACCACCGAAUAUUUACGAUGGUCCUGCUCAGCAAACGGUGAAGCUGGGACAGCAGGUCACGUUCAUCUGCCGAGCUCGUGGUGUUCCCAAACCUGAAAUCACCUGGUUCUACGAAGGAUCGGUCAUUCCUCACAUCAAAGGACGUUUCAUGCCAAUCAUCAACUCAAGAAAGCACGAGCUGUCCAACGCGAAUUCCGUUCUCAAGAUCUACCCCUUCUUGGAGAAUGAUGUCGGAAGACCAAAUUAA